AUGGACAUAUCGUCAAUUGCCACAUAUGAUUGGCCUGAGCCUUUACCCUCUCUCUUGACGUUGCAUAGCGAUCAAAACAGCAUUAAAGGAGUUGAUGGAGCUUUGAGGUGUUUGGCUUUUCUCUCUGGUGACUUGGAUGACAAAGAGGGGCCUACUCUGGUACCUGUGUUGUUUCCUUGCUUGCAUGCAGUCGUAUCCUCUCCUCAGUUUUUACUUAUCUUGGAACAUCCUGUGCAACGUGAGGAUCCUGAUGGUUCGUCUCAUCUUGUGAUUGUUGUACAUUGGAAUCCUCAGAGGAGCUUAGGAUCUGUAAGCUUCUCUAAGAGCACUUUAAACAACACCAAGAGUAGAACAAAAUCCAGCGUGGCGAGCAAAUCUUCAAUUCCUAAGCCGUCUCUUAAGCAAGCUAGAAGAAAUGUGGUCAAAGUUGUCUGCAGUUUCACGCUGGGAAAGCCAUCUGGUUUAAGAGCGCCGUCUCCUUCAAUUGGCUAUUUCAGUCAGUCGGAUUCUCAACCUUGGCAUUGUACAGGAGACAAACAUAGUCAGCCUUCUAGGGUGAAAAGUAGACUUGAAAAACACUCUGAGAAAUGGAAUCCGAAGGCGUCAUGUUCACUGAGUUCUCAGAUAAAGGAAAGACUGCAGCAUCCAUGCAUCAUUCAAGGUGAUGCUGUAAAAUUAGCGUGCAAAAUUCCAGACUUGCUGGUCACUGUGCUUUACCGCCGAAACAUGGUCCAGUUUUCAAAGAUUCCAUGGAAUCUCCGGUGGCAGGGUCCUUGUACCGAUGAGUCGACACUGUUUAAUAACUGUUCACAGUCGAAAGUCAGCAAUCCUGGGGAAGAAGAUAUUUGA